AUGCUACUAGUUUACGAUUUCUUUUGGUACACGGAGGUUAUUCAUAUAGCUCUGAUGGCAGUCAACAGAUUGGAUGGGUACAUGAUCGGUACUUGCAGAUUUGUCGCCAUUCUUUUCCCCACUUAUUACGCCACUAUCUUCUCCUGCCGGAACAUGCUUUAUUUUCUAGCUUUCUGUUAUUUUUUGGGAAUUUCGGUUAACAUUCCUCUAUUUUUUCCAUGCUGCUGCAUAUUAUGGGAUUCCUUCAAUUAUAUAGCCUUUUAUGCUGACCCAGAAUCAUGGUAGGU